UAUCCCAAUCCAGCUAUUGUUCCUGCCUCUACAGAGGCUAAAGAGGUGGCUUCUCCAUCUCCUUUGGACGCUGUCCCGUCCCCGACUCCCACGCCCCGUGCCCCACCCAGCAGCGAUGCAGGCCACACUGCUACAUCAGCCCUGCACCCGCGGGUUGCUGUGAUCUUAGGGGUGGACCGGAAGUGGUAUAUCCCCUUACUCGUAUGUCGGGCUCUGAGCACCCUGCCCUCUGCGUGGUGGGGGUUGCGAUGCGCAUUCACCUUCUUGGCUGAGCUGCUGCAUAUUCGACCGGGGAUGGGACGGGAAGGGUGGGCAGCAGCGAUUAUCGGUAGCGUGGGACAGGAAUGGGAUGUCGAGAGGAGGUUCCGCGUCACGGAGGUGGCAUUGGCGAUUAUGUGGUGCUGUGCAUCCGCAUAUCUUUCUUAUUUCUUUGCUGAUUGCUUGAUGUCUCGAUGGCUUCUAAAUUACACACCACCAGCCGUUGUGAUCCGACUACUAACAACGAACGGCCUGAUUGCUUAUAGCACAUCUUGGGUGCUCUACUUAUCCGGUGCCUCUGUUGAUCCUCGACACCUCCUCCCGGCCUGGAUUUCAAUAACGACUUUGUUAACAUUUGUUUACUACGCGACUCAAAACCAUGCCAAAAUCAAGCGUGAAACAGCUGCCUCUCUACUAGUCGUACUGAUUGCAAGUUUCCUCACCAUGUCUUUGCUAUUACUGCAGCUACACUUGACCAGAGAGAAUGAAUCAGAGGUACCUGUUUUUGUCUUCUCUCGGAAAUUGUGGGACUGGGCCACGGCUAUUUUCCUUCGCAUGCGAAUUGCUGAUGAGCGUGCUGGGCUUGGAGAGCUAUAG